AUGGACCCUGCAACAGUCCAGCGCUUAAAGGAGAUUCACAGGAGGAAUGCUCCUGAUAUCUUCUUUCUCAUGGAGACUAAAAACAACACUGAAAUGAUCAAAAAGACUGUCCAAUGGCUCCCCCUUGACAACACACAUGUAGUUCCGCCACACAGCCCAGGUGGAGGCGGUUUGUUCCUCAUCUGGAAACCUGACAUCCAACUCACAGUUAGAAAGAGCACAAGAAACUACAUUGAUACGAUCAUUACGGAUAAGGGCGUUACCUUCCAAGCGACCUUUGUGUAUGGAGAACCAGAUCAGACAAAAAGAUAUGAGGUAUGGAAUCAGAUAUCAACUCUCCAACCAACAACAGGGACCCCAUGGUUUUUAACCGGAGACUUCAACGAAAUCACUGACAACAGUGAAAAAUCAGGAGGUCCGGAGAGAGCAGGAGGCACAUUCUGCGCAUUUAGAUCCUUCCUCUCACAAAAUGAUCUCUUCGAUGUUAAACACUAUGGAAAUUUUCUAUCCUGGAGAGGGAACAGGAACUCACAUGUAGUUCAAUGCCGUCUGGAUAGAGCAAUAAGCAAUAGUGAGUGGAUGGACAAAUUCCCGUCGUGCCGGUGCCAAUACCUUAUGGUCGAAGGCUCUGACCAUCGGCCCCUCAUAUCCUUCUUGGAUACAACAAGGAAAAAAGGAAUGAAGAUUUUUAGAUUCGACAGAAGGUUAAGAGACAAUGCAGAGGUCAAAAAUCUUAUCCAACGAGUAUGGGAUUCGAAUCCUUAUCUUGAUGUUGAGGACCGUCUAGGCCUUUGUCGAAGAGAAAUCUGUAAAUGGAGCAAAGCCUUCCAGGAAAAUAGCAGGAAAACCUUGGUCCUACUCCGAGCUCAACUAGAUGUUGCGAUGACAAACUCCAUUCCGAACAAUGAUCUGAUACAUCAAUUAAAUAUGAGUUUGCUACAAACCUAUUUAAAGGAAGAGGAGUAUUGGAAACAAAGAACCAGGCAGCUCUGGUUAACUCUAGGAGACUCCAAUACAGGCUAUUUCCACGCUACUACUAAGGCAAGGAAAGCAAAGAACAGAAUGACCGUAAUAGAAGAUGACAAGGAGGUACCUCACUUUGAGGAAGAACAAAUCGCAAAGGUCAUUUGUCAAUUCUAUAACCAGCUCUUCAUCUCCUCUGAUUACGAUGGCCUACAUACGGUCGAAGAAGCUCUAUCUCCAUGUGUGACACCUGAAAUCAAUGAAGAACUCAUUAAAGAUCCCACACCAUCAGAAUUAGAGAAGCAAUAUUUGCGAUCCACCCUGAUAAAGCACCUGGACCUGACGGUUUCUCAGCCAGCUUCUUCCAAGCAAAUUGGGAGGUUGUGGGACCUGAGGUAG